ACAGCUGAUCUGUGUUUAAGGAAACGUGGCCUUACCGACCGACUCUCCGGUAGAUGAGCUUCUGUCUGUUUCUCAGCCUCCGUUAGUCUCCAGCUCUGAAGCAGCAUGUCUGAGGCAGAAACAGUUCCGGUACCGGAGAUGAACGUGCCCGGCUCUAACGACACCGGCUCUAACGGGACCGAGGCUCUGAACGCCACCGCUAAGUUCGUGGCUUCACCGGAAGGCACGGCGCUGGCGUACGGUAGCCUCGUGCUCAUGGCCCUGCUGCCCAUCUUCUUCGGAGCUCUGCGGUCCGUCACCUGCUCCAAGUCUAAGAAUGCGUCCGACAUGCCGGAGACGAUCACCAGCAGAGACGCUGCCAGGUUUCCCAUCAUCGCCAGCUGCACUCUGUUCGGACUUUAUCUCUUCUUCAAGGUGUUUUCUCAGGAGUACAUCAACCUGCUGCUGUCUGUCUACUUCUUCGUCCUGGGAGUCCUGGCUCUGUCUCACACCAUGAGUCCUCUGAUGUCCAGAAUAUUUCCAGAUUCUUUCCCAAACAAACAAUAUCAGCUGCUCUUCACGCAGGGCUCCGGAGAGGCCAAAGAAGAAAUAGUCAACUAUGAGUUUGACACCAAGAACCUGGUGUGUCUGGUCAUCAGCAGUGUGGUGGGAGUGUGGUACCUGUUCAAAAAGCACUGGAUAGCCAAUAACCUGUUCGGCCUGGCGUUCGCCCUGAACGGCGUGGAGCUGCUCCACCUGAACAACGUCAGUACCGGCUGCAUCCUGCUGGGGGGGCUGUUCGUCUACGACGUCUUCUGGGUGUUCGGUACCAACGUCAUGGUAACAGUCGCCAAGUCCUUUGAAGCACCAAUCAAAUUGGUGUUUCCUCAGGACUUGUUGGAGAGGGGUCUUGAUGCCAGUAACUUUGCCAUGUUGGGUCUGGGAGACAUCGUCAUCCCAGGAAUCUUCAUCGCUCUGCUGCUGCGCUUCGACGUCAGCCUGAAGAAGAACAGCAGGACGUAUUUCUAUGCCAGUUUCUUGGCCUACAUCUUCGGCCUGGGCCUCACCAUCUUCGUCAUGCACACCUUCAAACACGCACAGCCCGCUCUGCUCUACCUGGUUCCAGCCUGCGUCGGCUUCCCCGUCGUCGUGGCACUGCUCAAAGGAGAGCUCACAGAGAUGUUCAGGUACGAGGAAACUCCUCCUGAGGACGAGGAUGCUAAAGAGGACUCAUCGGACUCAGAGAAGAAGGACCAAUAGCAUCCAUCGCUGCUCCUCCCUGCCCCCCUGCCCCCCCGCCCCCCCCCCCCCCAUCCAGCCUGCUGCCGCCACAUUUCACCGAAGCCCCUCCCUCUCCCGCCUCUCCAGCUUCCUCUCUGUUGCCGGGGAAACGGGGCUCAUGUUGCCAACGUGUUUGAUAGCCACGAGGCGCGGCGUCGUGAUUAAAGGUUGUUUGGUUACAACAGUUCAGACUCGGUGCCUGCCAUGAUUCCUCUGAGCCCCCCCAGCUGUGAGCGCAGCCGGGGGGGCUCAGACAAAGAAGGAGCGCUUGUUUUACGUUCAACAGCCUCAAAAAGUCACGUGGUAAAACGAGUGUUUCUGAGGAGGACGGAGAACAGCGAGUACAUCACAGAGCUCUGCUGCUGCUCUUUGUUUCCACGCUUCUUCUUCUUCUUGUUCUUCUUCUCCUUCUUCAUCUUCAUCUUCAUCUUCUUCUUCUUCUUCUUCUUCUUCUUCUUCUUCUCCUUCUUCUUCUUGGCUCCUCCGGGUGUGUUUGGUGCCGGCUUCUCAUCGCUCUGCCUUCUGCUUUCUCACUUUCAGCGUUUUCUCUUCUGUUUCUCUGUUCUAGUUUUAUUGUGAAAGGCCAGAGCUUUAAGACCAAAGCUGGAGCUCAAAGUUUCAGUUUGUUUAUCUGGACGCAGACGGUUUGUACGUUUUAUUAAAGCUGUCGUUUAUUCAUAGUUUAAAACAUCUGACGGUACGUUUGAAUCAUCGCAGCUAAUAAAAACUGAUGAAACUCCGCCUGUUUGUUCAGUAUCGGGUGUUAAAGUCUGCGUUUGGGGAAUUCUUCAUGUAGUUUGUCUGAUACAGAAAGUUUGAUUUCCUUUUUAAAGAAGUUUUUCUCAACCUUUGUGAAGCUGCGUCUACUUAUGGGGGCUUUUUUUUUUCUUUCUCAGAUUUUUAAUUUAGUUAUAUUUUGCUUUAAAAGGAGGAAUUUUAGCUGAUUUACUGCAAAUCGUGAAUAUGUUCUGUUACUGCUGACUGAUUUACAAAUGAUGUCAUUCUGGUUUCCAUUCAUUACCACUGGACAGAGUCUGUGUGCAGUCCUGGUCUUUGACAUUCAGACCAAAUUAAGACAAUAAAACUCUCUUGACUAAUGGAUUGAUUAUUUAAACUCUGGUCCGAAUGAAUGGAAACCAACGACUUCUUUGGAAAUCUGUCAACAGAAACAUGAAUUAUUAAUAAUCUGCAGUUAAAACUCUGGUCAGGUGUGAGCUGUGUCUCUCUUCAUGAACUAAUAACGGUUUAAAUGUACGACAGCUGUUAGAAACCAAAGGGACCAAACGUUAGAAAAGGUCACAGUUCAGUAGAAGUUUGACAUGAGUCUUAAAGUUCUGGCCUGAGAGGAGCAAAGGGAGGAGGAGGAGGAGGAGGAGGAGGAGGAGGAAGACUGAACCUCCUCUGCUGAACACUUCCAGUCCUCAUUCUCAAACCUCAUUGGUGGAGAGGCUGUGAGGGGCGGGGCCUGUAGCCUCCUCAACAAAUGAGCUGUGAGAAUGAGCCGAGGCGUCUUCAGACUGUAACGGAUCAAAUCAGUUUUAUUUCUGUAGACAAAUAUCAGAGAUGAGCUUCACACACACACAUGGUCCUGAAGGGGAGCUCAGCUGUGUGUGUGAGCAGCGUCACAUCUGAGAGUUUCAAUCAUUAGAAACUAUUCAGAUAAUUAAAGUUCCUCUGUUCUCUGUCAAUGGAAACUGAACAAGACCCUUAAAGAGGAACAUAAACCAUCGAGACAGUCGUCAGAUCAAUGAAUCAACAUUUAAUCAACAUUUCCAUUCAUUGAUUGAUCAGAUUAGAACAUCAGAUGUGAAACAGCAGCAUCAGUAAAGUUUCUUCUUCCUGUCAACAUGAGAAUAUGAGUUUCUACUGUCAGCACUUAUUAAAAAGCUUCAUCAGGACCAACGACGGUCACUUUGUUAGACAUUUACCACCAAUGUCGACGUUACGUAGGAGCAGAAAAUGACCUGCAGCUCUAAAUCCUGACAUCACUCAGCGUUACUGUAACAGGAACACUUCUUCUUCUUCUGUGGUGGUUUUUAGUUAAAUCGUUGUCAUGGCGAUCUGCAGAACGGUUUGAUUCGUUACGUCCGGGGUGUUUUUGAGCUCUGACUGGAAGUUUUCAGCUUCACAUCAUUCAGCUUGAUGUUCUUGAUGUUUGAUGCUUUAUUAAGAGAUGCACAGUUUUUGUAUUUUGAUGUAAAAAAAAAAAGGAAUAAAAAAAGAAAACAAAACUAGAAGGAUCAUGCUCAUGUUCAGCUCAGUGACGUUCAGUAUCCCCUCUUCAUUUUAUGAAAUAUAAAGUAUUCCUGUUUUCUUUUCUUUCUGGUUGUAUUUGUGCAGACGGUCGUUUUCACGCCGCCGGUUAUCUAUUUUAUUUGCAAUAAACUUUUUGGUGUUUUGAUCACCGUAUAGAAGCAAAA